UCACUGUUGAAGACAUGAUGCCCCACGUCCAACACAUGAAAGGAGGUCACAGUAAAAACCUGUUUCUUAAAGACAAGAAGAAGAAAGGGUUCUGGCUGGUGACUGUUCUGCACAACAGGCAAGUCAAUUUAAAUGAUCUUGCUAAAAAACUGGGCGUUGGAAGUGGAAACCUAAGAUUUGCCGAUGAAAACGCCAUGCUGGAAAAACUAAAAGUGGGCCAGGGCUGUGCAACGCCUCUAGCCCUCUUCUGUGACCAGGGAGAUGUUAGGUUUGUGCUGGAUGCUGGCUUUCUGGAAGGCGGCCACGAAAAGGUGUAUUUUCACCCAAUGACAAAUUCUGCAACCAUGGGCUUAAGCCCUGAUGACUUUUUGAAGUUCGUGAGAUCAACAGGCCAUGAUCCCAUCAUCAUCCAUUUUGAGCAGGACAUUCAGUAGAUGAAGUUCACCGUUACUGGGCGUAUAUUUUGUAAAGCGAAAGAGCAAAACUGGUGAAAGUCUUAUUACAAAUAAAAUUUGACAAAA